GGUCCGAAACGAAAAACGAUGACGUUUUCCUCAAAACGGAGGCGGACAAAAAAGUGGUUAGUGACUUAGCCGAGUCAGCACCGGUUUGCGCAGCUCACGUUAACAACACGACCUUAACGGCGAAUUACACAGAAAACGCAGCUGUCGGUAGUAUUUCUAAUAUUGAAAGCAACCAAAUGGGACUUUCACAACCAGAUUUUGCUAAAACAGCUGUAGGGACAGAAGUGCACGCAUGUGCGAGUGACUGCGUGGAUGGAGCAAGUGGGACAACAUCAGCAACAGAACCGAGCUCGAAAGACCCCGAGAAUAAGUCAGUCUGUGUUGGCGAGCCGGGGAAUAGGCUUGCUCAUACUUUCAAUGGGCGUGUCCUAGUCAACAACAAAGGCGCACCUGUUGGCAGCGGCGCCCACAAACCACAAUCCACUUCCACAGGCGUCGACAACGGACCUGUGACGGAAAACGUCACAACUGUAUCUACAACAUCCAAUGCAAUCAUUCGAACAACUUCUACGAGUUUGAUCAGUCCAGCCACGGUCACGCUUACAAGGCCUCCGAUGCAAACGUGUACCACAGCACGAUGCGCAACUAGCACGGUUGCAAACAGAACUGACUGCCAGAGUGGCGCACAUGUGACAGCUUCAAGUGUCACAGCUAACUCGACAACCCCCGUCAGGAGUCCAGUUGUUAAGCAGAAUCCGAGGAACCAUGGACCCUCCACAAUUGCUGUCACACCCACUGGUGAAAUAAGAGCUGUUACUCCUAAGGUGCUGACCCCCCGAUUCUCCCAGCCACAAAAAAAUGUCCAAAACAUCCAGAUCCCUGCAGGUAUGGUUUUGGUUCGCAGUGAAAGUGGGCAACUGCUGAUGAUUCACCAACAGACUUUGGCUCAGAUGCAAGCUCAGGCACAGUCCCAAAGUGCCGUGACACCACCGACCUCAGCCUCCAGCAGCACAAGCCAGAUCAAAUCUCUGCAGGCCUCACAGGCAUCACUGCUUGCUCGUGUUGUUACCCCCACCACAUUUAUCCAACAAGGCUCAGCUGCCCAGACCACAUUGCCAACUACUUCAACACUGCGGAGACCUCCAGUGCUGCAGAACACUGUCAUGCUAGGAGGAAAUGCCACCACUCUGGAACAAAUGCAAAGAAUCCCAACCACAGUUCAGCCUGCAUCUGCAAUUCGAGGGCUAACACUGAGUUCCGGGUCCUUGGGAGCCACUGGAAACUCUGUCACUCCAACAACAAUAACACCAAUCUCAGCAGAGACACUGCAGAAUGUGAAGAAGUGUAGAGACUUUCUAUCUACGCUGAUAAAACUGGCAUCCAGUAAGAACCAGUCGUCUGAAACCAUCGCCAAUGUCAAAAAGUUGAUCAAGAAUCUGCUGGAAGCAAAGCUCGAGCCUGAAGAGUUUACCACUAGGUUGUACAAGGAGCUUAACUCGUCACCACAGCCUUACCUUGUGCCUUUCCUAAAGCGAAGCCUCCCAGCUCUGCGCCAGUUGACCCCAGAUGCAGACGCUUUUAUCCAGCAGAGCCUCCAGCCUCGUACAAGCGCUCAACCUGCGGCUGUGGCUUCUUCAGCCCUGACAACAGUGGUGAUGCGACCCCCACUUUCCCCCACAGCCGCUAUCUCUGCAGCCACCAGCACUUCUGCAAACAAAACCACCAUUGUCACUGUCUCUCAACCGCCUUAUAGUAAAUCUGGAAUGAUUGUUCCCAAGCAACAAGGGGUGAUGGUGAAGCCUCAGGGGACGUUGGCUCAGUCGUCAAUAGUAACUCUCAGAGGACCAUCUCACAGUUGCAUCAAUCUGGGACAGCCGCCUCUGGUCAAGCAGCUUAAUUCAGUCAAGCAGACUCUGGGUGCUAAAUGUGUUCAAGUUGUCAGCCAAACUCCUCUCCAGGCUGCUCAGAAGAACAAAAUACAGCGAAUAAGCGGUGCAACCUUGAGGGAUGACGACGAUAUCAAUGAUGUGGCCUCAAUGGCCGGAGUAAACCUGUCAGAAGAGAGUGCUUGUAUCCUAGCAACUAACUCAGUGCUUGUUGGUGCUGUGACCCGAUCUUGUAAGGACGAGGCUUUCCUCUCCACGUACUUGCUCUCUCAGAGAGCUCUGGAAAUUGGUAGAAAUUUUGGUGUCCAGGAAUUAGGGGUGAACGUUGUAAACUAUAUUUCCCAUGCUGCUCAGUUCAGACUACAGAGCCUGAUGGAAAAGGUCUCCCAAGUGGCACAGCAGAAGAACUCAACCUUCAAAGAAGAUAAGCGGCAUGAGCAGGUCACCGAAGUGCGAGCCCAGCUCAAAUUCUUCGAGCAGCUGGAUCAGAUGGAGAAGCAGAAGAAAGAAGAGCUGGAGAGGGAGAUCCUCCUGAAGGCUGCCAAGUCUCGGUCACGACAAGAAGACCCAGAGCAGCUCAGGCUGAAACAGAAGGCCAAAGAGAUGCAACAGCAGGAGCUGGCGCAAAUAAGGCAGCGGGAAGCCAACCUAACAGCGCUGGCAGCAAUCGGUCCCAGGAAAAAGCGGAAAAUGGACUCACCUCUCAGGGCUUCUAGCGCAGAGGGCGUAGGGUUGGACUCCAGCCAACCCAGAUGUUCCGGCAGUGAUGGAUCUCGACAGUUAACACGGCAGCGCAUUACUAGGGUUAACCUUCGUGACCUUCUUUUCUGCCUGGAGAACGAAAGAAGCACUGGUCACUCGUGUCUGCUCUAUAAAGGCUUCCUAAAAUAACACUUUUAGCAAAAUUACCAACCUCACUUAGUCAGCUUCGUGAAGUUGACGCCGGCGCCUUUUUUGCUGCAUGUCUUUGAUCCUUCGCUGCCGUGCGAUGUCUGUCAGCGGGAAGAAACUUAUCUGGAACAUUGAAGAGACAGCACAUUUUAAAAGCCUCCUCCAGCCCCGGCCUAUUGUAUUCUCAGAGAUGGAGCAAAUAUCAGUGCAGCGCCCUGAUUUCACAUUGCCCUUCAGCUCACACGCUUUCCCACUCUUCAGUCGCGCUGCACAAAAAUGGGAAAAAAUAUCUUUGCAGAACCGAGAACAUGAGAUGUCAGAGACCCUUUUAGUGUUACUUUAACUGCGUCUGUGUCAGAGCGGCAGAACUUUGUAAAUUGCAAAAAUGUAAUGAAAGCUUUUAACUGCCAUCAUAAUUGGAUUAUUUUAGUUUGAACUGUUUUACAGAGACAUAUUAAUCCUGUUUGCUGAGCUGCCUCUAACCAAAUGGAGUCAUAGUCACUAGAAGGUCAGCAGCUUUUUUUUUUAUUUUGCUGCCUAGAAUAUUAGAUAUUUUAUUUACAACAAGUUUUAAUUGCACUAAUAAUUUCAAAUGCAUAUUAGUGAACUUGGCACUGUUUUAGAAUGUCAAUUUGAAUAUUGUGGUAGACAUGAGUCUCAAUGCAUCCAGAUAGUAUUCACAUCGCUUCCCCUUUUCCACUUUAUCUACAGCAUUAUUCCAAAAUGGAAUACAUUCAUUUUUGUCCUCAAAAUUCGACACACAAUACCUUUUUAAUGACAAAGUGAAAAGGGGUUAAAAAAAAAAAAAGCUCAUCAAACUUAUUAAAAGAUAAAAAGGUACGUAAGUAUUCACAGCCUUUGCUCAAUACUUUGUUGAUGCACUUUUUGCAGCAAUUACAUUUUCAAGUAUUUUUGAAUGUAAUACAACAUGCUUGGCACACCUAUCUUUGAGCAGUUUCGCUCAUUCCUCUUUGCAGCACCUCUCAAGCUCCAUCAGGUGUAAUGGGAAGCGUUGGUUCUCAUCCAGGAUGUCUCUGUUAAUCGCGGCAUUCAUCUUUCCCUCUAUCCCAUUUUCUGACACUAAAAAACAUCCCCACAGCAUGAUGCUGCCACCACCAUGCUUCACUGUAGGGAUGGUAUUGGCCUGGUGAUGAGCGGUCCUUGGUUUUCUCCAAACAUGAUGCCUGGCAUUACACCAAAGAGUUCAAUCUUUGUCCCAUCAGAUCAGAAGAAGUUGUUUUAUGGUCUGAAAAUCUUUCAGGUGCAUUUUGGAAAACUUUUUACUAAGAAAUGGCUUCCAUCUGGCCACUCUACCAUACAGAUCUGAUUAGUGGUUUGCUGCAGAGGUGGUUGUCCUUCUAGAAGGUUCUCCUCUCUACAAAGAGGAAUGCUGUAGCUCUGACAGAGUGACCAUCGGGUUCUUGGUCACCUCCCUGACCAGACUAAAAUGAAUGCAGUAGUGUACAGAGACAUCCUGGAUGAAAACCAUUGCUUCCCGUCCAACCUGAUGGAGCUUGAGAGGUGCUGCAAAGAGGAAUGGGCAAUACUGCCUAAAGAUAGGUGUGCCAAGCUUGUGGCAUCGUGUUCAUCAACAAAGUAUUGAGCAAAGGUUGUGAAUACAUACGUACAAGUGAUUUUGUAUUUUUUGAAUUUUUGAUAAAUGUACAAAAUGUUUAAAAAAAACAAACCUUCACAUUGUCUAUGGGGUAUUGUCUGUAGAAUUAUGUGGACACAAUGAAUGUAUUCCAAUUUUGAAUAAGGCUGUAACAUAACAAAAUGUGUAAUAAGUGAAGCGCUGUGAAUUAUGUCUGAAUGCACUGUGUCAGCAAGUGUCUUGUUUAUCUUUCUGAAGAAGAUUGCUGAAUAUUUGCUGGACUGAUGUUUUUAAAAUCAUCAUCAUGACAUUUUCUUGUCAGUCUCAGUCAAGUAAGUGCAGACAUGUCUGCUAUAGAGAAGUGGAAGAUGAUUAGUUAACCCAACAAAUAUGUUAUUGUUUGGUUCAUUAAAAUAAUGGAGGGAUAUUUUUAGGGCAAAAGGGUUGCCAGUAAAUACUUUUAGGGCACAAUGCAAGUCCAAAUUGGACAAAAGUUAUUGUCUUAAAAAUAUAUUUUCAAGCAGUUACUAUUUGUUUGCAUUUUAUUGUUUUUAACAUUAAAACAUGCACUUUGACAGAUAUUUUAUAAAAUUUGCCAGUCAGAUUGAUAACUAUACAUAUAUUUAUUGGUCUUCACUUUGAAUGUAAACAUGUUUUUGUACAUUUUAUUAAUGUAUAAACAAACAUUUGCUACUUAAAAUUAAUAUGUUGAUACAGCAACUAUUUUCUCAUAUCACAAAGGUCACAUCUAUAACGGUGUCUUACCAUUGUGUGUAAAUUUGUAAAUAUCUGCAUUAAAACAAGUUUUGAUUUUUAUUUUUUUUACAAUGGACUGAAAUAAAUCCGAUAAAUAA